AUGGACUGGAUAGAAACUGGCCAAGGUACUAGGAUCUCGAAGCAGGCUAAUGUCUUGGGUCCCGAUAAGAUUGUCCUUGCUGGCCAAUGUGUGAUUUCUCCCAAAUGUACUCUAGAAGGCAACGUGUUAUUGAUGGAAAAUUACGAUAAAUCGGCAUCGGCAUCAGCGAAGAGGAAGAAUCACAACAGGUAUACGAUAUCUGUAGGUAGGUACUGUAUUCUAGAGCCAGGAGUCAGGGUGAAGCCUCCUGUGGUCGGGUACAGGAAAAGUGAGGAUGAUUUGAAUUCAGGUAAAGUGGCAAUUCAUUCUGACCUUUUAAUGAAUUCAUACGUAUGGAUCGGUCAAGAUUGUAAAGUAUACUGCAAGAAAUUAGGGUCUCGGGUCGUACUAGGUGCGAAUACACACUUGAAUCGAUGUUGUGAGAUAGGAGACGUGGUGAUAAUCGAUGAUAAUCUUGUAGUGCCAGAACGAUAUAAGAUCCCAUCGUAUUCUCGAGUCUCUAGACAUCCGGACGUUGCAACUUCGAUUGUCGUUAAACCGUUACCUCCGAUGUUUGCACCGGUCAUUGAAAACUGGUGCCAGAAACGGUACCUAGGAGUUCAAUUGAAAGAGCAUUACUUGCCACAGAUGACAAUGCCCGGUGAACAAGAUCUAUGA